AUGGAAAAUGAAAAAAACGCAAAAUUUAAAACUCAAAACAUACAAAAUGAUCAACCGAGCGUUGGUAACAACUCAAGACCACCAACACCACCAUUCCAAAAUUGUGGCCAAAAUCACAACAACCAACAGACACCCACACCUCCACAUCAAAACCAGAAUAGACAUAACCCAUUACCACCCAACCUCAACAACCGAAAUGUUAACCCCAACCGUGGAGUUAACCAAAAUCGUGGCAAUCCUGCGAAUGAAGAUCAAUUCCUCAAUCUCGAUGAUUUGAGGAAUGUUAUUCCCGAUGACGAACCAUUUAGUGUUCCCGGUUAUCAAUCACCGGAACAUGUGAGUAUUCACUCGGAAUACUCGGAUGACGCAGGAAAUUACGAUGAGAGGGUUGAAGACGAUAUAUGGGGUGAUGUUAAUGCGAAGAACCUUUAUAACGCUCGGGGGUUUGAGAAUGAAGACUUUGGCUAUCAAAAUGCCAAUUACGUGGGAAACAACGAGGGUUACGGAUAUGGCCGAAAUGACAGGUACGACAACAACCGUCAAUCACGAAACAACAACCAAAGGAACCAGGAUGACGGUUAUUAUAACAAUAACAAUAAUGUUAACCGUAAACGGAUUCCCCAAUUCGUGGGUGGCGGUAAUCAAGGUGGUGAUAGAGGUGGUUAUAGAAGAGGUAACCGAAGACCGGGGGAUUAA